GGAAAUGAUAAUGGCAAAGGAAGUAAAGAAGUAGACAAUGAUCACAACAAAGAUGACAAAAAAGUAGAAGGUAAGGAUAAAGAAGAAGGUAAAAAAGGAAAUGAUGAAAGCGGUGAUAAAAAUAGGAAGAACGAUAUCAAAGGGGAUAUAGACAAUGAGGGAAAAGACGGGAAAAAAGCAAAAGACGAGGGAAAAAAUGAUAAAAAAGGAGAUAAUGAGGGGAAGGAAGAUAGAAGAGGAGAUGAUCACGAAGGAGAACAACAAGAUGACAAUGAAAAAAAAAGAGAUCAACAAGAUGGCGACGAGAAAAAAGGAGAUAAGAAAGGAGAUGAGAAAAAAGGAGAUAAGAAAGGAGAUGCUAAUACAAGUGAUGAAGAUAGAAAUAAAUCAAAAGAUGAUAAAGACGACGAUAAUGGUGAAAAGAAAGGAGAUAAUGAUGAUUUGAGAUCACCAUCUCAUUCUAGUCCAUCAACUCCACCAUCAUAUUAUCCUCCAACACCUUCAAUGCCACCUCCCACACCAACAAAACAACAAUCACCAUCUCCUAAAUCUUCACCAACUCCAACACCUUCUCCUUCUACUUCAUCAUCACCUUCUCCUUCUAUUCCAUCAACACCUUCUCCUUCAACCCCAUCCUCUUCCUCCUCAUCAUCAUCGUCACCAUCUCGAUCUAAAUCUCCUACUCCAUCAACCCCAUCACCAUCUCCUAAAUCUCCACCAUCUUCAACACCUUCAUCUACAUCAACCCCACCAAUUCCUAGAUCUCCACCACCUCCUUCUCCAUCAAAACCACCAUCAUCGCCAUCAUUCACUCCAUCAAACCAACCAUCACCUCCAAUACAUUCUCCAAAAACGUCAAGCCCACCACCAUCUACACCACCACCAUCAUCAUCAUCUUCUUCCUCGUCUUCGUCGUCCUCUUCUUCUUCCUCCUCCUCCUCCUCCUCAUCAUCAUCAAGAUCACCAGAUAAUACUCCUUCACUAUCCCCAUCACCUUCUCCUAAAUCUUCCCCACCUUCACCAUCUUCUCCAACAACCCCCGCACCAACUCCUGCUCCGACAAAUCCACCUUCAUCACCAUCUCCUACUCCAUCAACCAAACCAUCACCUCCAACAACUUCUCCUAAUCCAUCUAUCCCUCAAACACCAUCCUCCUCCUCCUCCUCCUCCUCAUCAUCAUCAUCAUCAUCCACUUCCUCCUCCUCAUUAGGAGUGCCAACUAAAUCUCCAACUCCAUCAACCCCAUCACCAUCUCCUAAAUCUCCACCACCCUUAACACCUUCAUCAUACUCUCCAUCAAACUCACCACCAUUACCAACACCUUCGACACCAUCUCUAACUCCAUCAACUCACCUCUCACCUCCAACAGAUCCAUCAAAACCACCAUCGAAACCACCACCACCACCACCAUCAUCAUCAUCUUCUUCUUCUUCUUCUUCGUCCUCCUCAUCCUCCUCCUCCUCAUCAUCAUCAUCAUCUUCAGAAGCACCACGUAAAUCUCCUACAUCACUAACCCCAACACCAUCUUCUGAACCCCCACCAACUUCAACAUCAUCUUCUACCCCAUCAAUAAAACCACCAUUUCCACCGCCUUCAACAUCUUCUUCUACUCCAACAACACCAAAACCUUUAAAACCAUCUCCCGGUCCAUUAACACCACCUUCAACUUUACCAUCCUCUCCUAAGCCAUCCAGUCCAUCACCUUCUUCUUCUUCUUCUUCUUCUUCUUCUUCUUCUUCCUCCUCCUCCUCCUCCUCCUCCUCCUCCUCCUCAUCUUCUUCUUCCUCUUCCUCUUCCGCAGCAUCGCCAAAAUAUCCUAUUCCAUCAAUCCCAUCACCAUCUUUAACGUCACCUCCUACUCCAUCAUCCCCAUCACCAUCUCAUAAAUCUCCGCUGCCUUUAACAUCUUUUCAUUCUACUCCAUCAAACCCACCAUCAUCACCAACACCUUCAACGUCUUCUCCUAAUCCACUAACCUCACCACCACCUUCUUCUUCCUCCUCCUCCUCCUCCUCCUCCUCCUCCUCCUCAUCAUCAUCAUCAUCAUCAUCAUCAUCAUCAUCGCCAAAAUAUCCUACUCCACCACCUUCUACACCUUCAACACCAUCUUCUACUCCAUCAACCUUAUUACCAUCUUCUAAAUCAUCACCACCUUCUUUUGCUCCAUCAAACCCAUCAUCAUCAUCACCAUCUCCUACUCCAUCUUCCCCAGCAUCACCCUCAACAUUUUCUCCUAGCCCAUCAAGUCCACCACCAACAUCCUCCUCCUCCUCCUCCUCCUCCUCAUCAUCAUCAUCAUCAUCAUCAUCGUCGUCAUUGAAAUCUCCUACUCCAACAUUGUCACCAUCUCCUCAAUCAACACCAUCAUAUCAAGAACCCCUCACUCCUUCAACACCACCUUCUCACACAACGUUUCCUCAUUCUAAUUCUUCUAGUGUUGGGUCAAGAAAAAGAGUUAGAUGCAGGAGUAAGGACUAUGGACAAUGUUAUAAUCAAGAGCAUGUUUGCCCUGCCGCUUGCGCUAAUUCAUGUCAACUUGAUUGUGUGACUUGCAAACCUGUUUGUAAUUGUGACUAUCCAGGAGCUGUAUGUCAAGAUCCUCGCUUCAUAGGAGGAGAUGGCAUCACUUUCUACUUCCAUGGCAAGAAGGAAAAAGACUUUUGCCUCGUCACUGACCCCACCCUCCACAUCAAUGCACACUUCAUAGGUAAAAGAAUGGAAAACAUGAGUCGUGACUUCACUUGGGUUCAAUCAAUUGGUAUCCUCUUCGACAACCAACGUCUCUUUUUAGGCGCAAAAAGAACCUCCACAUGGGACGAUAUCAAAGACCACCUCUUGUUAGCUUUCAAUGGAGAGCCCAUAUUCCUUGAAGAAAAUCUAGGCUCUCGAUGGUCAUCCGAUUCGGUGCCACAAGUCACCAUAUCAAGGACUAGUGAAACCAACAACAUCAUUGUCGAAGUUCAAGGAAAACUCAAGAUUACUGUUAAAGUAGUACCUAUUACUGAAGAAGAGUCUAGGAUACACAACUAUGGAAUAACCAAUAAGGACUGCUUUGCUCAUCUUGAUCUCGGUUUUAAGUUCUAUUCAUUAACCAAAAGAGUUGAUGGUGUAUUAGGGAAAACUUACAGGGACAAUUAUGUUAGCCGAGUGAAGAUGGGAGUGGCCAUGCCAGUUAUGGGAGGAGUAAAAGAAUAUACAAGUAGUAGCCUUUUUGCUACAGAUUGUUUGGUUUCGAGGUUCGAUGGUAGUCACCAAGAGACUUCAUUGGAGGCAAUGGAGCUUGCUGGCAUAAAUUGUGCUAGUGGGAUGAAUGGACGUGCUGUUGUUUGCAAGAGGUAACCCAAAAUAAGCCAAUGUCUUGAGAAUUUAGUUCAAAAAUUUAUUACUCAUAAAGUAAUAGUACAAGGCUGAAAGUCUUGAAGAGUAUUAUGUUUUUUUUUUUUAUGGUAUUGAUGAUACCUGAGAUGUUUGAAUAAAAACUUACCAAAAAGUUGUAAAGAUGAAUACAAAUAUACAUCUAAUAGAAGUAUAUUAAUUUCAAGUUUGUUCAAUCUUGGAGAGAAAGGAUCUAGCUGUUCAUAUAUGUGGUAUGAUCAUGUAGCAAGUGAUGCUGGUAAAUUUCUAACUAUCAUGAUAGCUGUAUCUUUUCAACUGACUACACAUGAAAAUAACAGAUAUCUAUCCCUAUUACAAAUAUCCAAACACACAAUCUGAUAAUCUCAAU